AUAGAUCAUCACAGUUUGUGGUCGCGCGGCAAGUAAUGUCGGACGAGGAGUUUGAUCCGGCACUGUCUGUGCCCGAAAUCUCGGACGCAGACCUCAAGUAUGUGGACAAGCAGCUGGGAGGGAAAAAGUCGUUUCUCACCACGUGGGUGGUCAAGGUCAACCGCAAGGGCAAGCCGGACCAGCGAGUCAUGGUCAUCUCGGAGCACUUUCUGUUCAUCAUCAAAAAGGCCGCCCUUGGACGCAAGGUCCGCAUCAAGGUACACUGGUACGAUCUGGAUGAGAUCCAGUAUCAGCCGCCGCAUCAUGUCCUGCUUGUCUUUGGGGAAGAGUCGGUCGAGCUCAAGGCGAACAACGCCGAUGACAUCAUUGAUGCUGUCCGUGAGGCCUACGCCCCCAUUACCCUCGGCUUUCCCGAUGAGUUCCUUUACGACUACCGCGCGCCCGACUCGGCCUUUGCCGCCGAGGUCUCGGUCGGCUUCUCGCCGGCUGGCAACUUUGCCGUCACGUACGAGGCGUGGUGUGCCUACCUGAAGAUGCCUGUCCUACAGCCGAUCUUGGACUCGAUUCGCGCCGCCGUGACGUACGGGACCAACGUCGUCGACCUGACCUCGAUUCUCAACACCGGCAAGGACCCUCCGUCGAAGGAAAUUCUCUCAGCCAUUCUACCGCUCUUCCGCGCCCUGCGGUUCAACACGUGGUGCGAAAAGAUUGCACUCGAUGGGACGCAGUUUGUUGUGCCCAAGCGCCUUGGGCCGCUCAUCCCCAUGCUCGCCGAUACGCUCGAGCACAACUCGACCAUCGAGACCAUCGACAUCCGCGGCAUCGAGUCCUCAGCCUGGGCCGAGGUAGCCGAGGAGCUUGGCGACUCGGACGACCACGCGGUCGGCGGCUUUGUGCUCCCGAGCAACCAGCUCGGCGACAAGAUCAUGACCGCCUUUGCCGCGGUCAUUUCCAAGAUGGAGACCCCGCUGACUGCCAUUAACUUUGCCAACAACGCGUGUACGCCCAAGGGUAUGUGCGCGCUGCUCGAGGCAUGUGCCUCUGCCGUCGCCCACCUCAAGCCUGUCGCCGAGAUCAACGUCUCGGACAACCGGCUCGAGGAGUCGGGCUCGCGGGCGCUGGCCGACAUGCUCCGGGUCCUGGCAGCGACCGACGCCGAGUCGGCGUCGACGCCGAUCGACCCGGCGUCGGGCCCGGACGCCUCCAACCUCUACGACCGGCUCACCUCACGGGUUCGCCUCGUCACCCUCUCGCUACAGAACACCAAGGCCGACGUCCGGGUCUUGGUCUCGGCCAUGCGCGAGCUGCCGUCGCUCGAGUCGGUGAACCUCUCGGGCAACGAGAUUGCCUUUGACGCUGUCCAGGAGCUCGUCCAGUUUUGCGCCUCGUCGCAGCGUCUCAAGGUGCUGGGCCUCUCCAGCUGCGGCCUCGACGGCGAUACGGUCCAGUCUAUCCUGCAGGCGCUCAUCUCCAACGUUUCGCUCCCGCGGCUCCGCAUCGACAUCUCCAACAACAACCUCUCGUUCUACGGUGCGCAGAAGAUCGCCGACACCAUCCGCGCUGCCACCAACGUCCACACCCUCAACAUUUCGUCGAACGCGCUGACCUCGGAAGGCAUCGGCGUCAUUGUCGACGCCGUCAUCUCGGUCUCAUCGCUGCAGGCUCUCUCGCUCUCAAACAACCUUCGGGCUGGGACCGACGCUGAGGAGGGCGCCGGGCACCUUGCCCGCCUCCUCACCGCGCCCACCAACAUCCGGGUGCUGCAGAUCUGUGGCUCGCGCGGCGGCGAGAUGGGCGACGCCAUCCAGACCGUCUUCAAGGCACUGGCCCGCAACCGCUCGCUCUGGCACCUCGACAUCUCGGACAACGAGAUGGGCGAUGAGGGCAUGGAAGCCCUGUGCAAGGCUCUCGCCAAGAACGCCUCGCUGCAGACGCUGGUGUGGGACGGCAACGACGUCGGUCUCGACGGCUGGGAGCUCUUCCUCUCCACCCUCAACGAGCACCCGGGCAUGCUGAUGGAGGUGGAGGAGCCCAAGGAGGACAUCAAGAAGCUGUCCAAGAAGGGCGGUGCCCUCGUCGGCCGCGGCCGCAUCCUUGUCCAGGAUGUGCUCUCCAUUACCCAGCGGACACGCUCCAAGUACUCAGACCGCUCGGACCGCAUCCCGGGCGACUGGCCUGUUGAUCCGGUCUCUCUCCGCUUCUACUUUGACUACCUCAAGACGCUCAAGUCGGGCGCCGAUGCCGAGGAUCCGAUGGCUUCGGCCACCGGGCCGGGCGGUGCUGCCAUGGCCGUCGGGCCUGGCGGCGCUGCCAUGAGCGGCGCUGGCCCGAGUGGAGGCGGUAUGGUCGGCGGCGGCAUGGUCGGCGGCAUGGUCGGUGGCGGCAUGGUCGGCGGCAUGGUCGGUGGCGGGCCGGGUGGCGGUACGCCUGGGCCUGGUGGCAUUGUCGGCCCUGGUGGCCUCGUUGUCGGUGGGGCGCCAAACGGCGGUGGGCCGGGUGGCGGCAUGGUCGGUGGCGGCAUGGUCGGUGGCGGCAUGGUCAGCGGUGGCAUGGUCAGCGGUGGCAUGGUCAGCGGUGGCAUGGUCAGCGGUGGCAUGGUCAGCGGUGGCAUGGUCAGCGGUGGCAUGGUCAGCGGUGGCAUGGUCAGCGGUGGCAUGGUCAGCGGUGGCAUGGUGGCGCCGUCCGGCGGCGCGUACAUGUCGUCUUACGGCGGCGGGCAGUCGUAUCAGUCUGACGGAGCCAUGAUGUCGGGCAUGCCGACGUACGGCGACGCCACGACCUAUGGCGGCUCGACGUCGUUUAUGCCGUCACAGCAGGGCAUGGGCAUGCCGCAGCAGGGUAUGGGCAUGCCGCAGCAGGGUAUGGGCAUGCCGCAGCAGGGCAUGGGCAUGCCGCAGCAGGGCAUGGGCAUGCCGCAGCAGGGCAUGGGCAUGCCGCAGCAGGGUAUCCCCCAGCAGAUGCAGUACUCGUCGGUCAACGCCGGCUCGCCCAUGUACCCGCAGCACCAGUAGCAAGGGCGAGACUCGCCGUGAGGCUCAGCGCCGCUAGCAGGCC